AUGCAAGCACUGUACCAAAUAUCGGCCAACGGCGGCGGCGGCGCGGGACAACAAAAUCAGCAGAUCCCAAUUGGCCUUGGGAAUUCGUUGCUCUACCAACAAUUGGCUGCACAACAACAGAUUGCCGCUCAACACCAACAGCAGCUAGCGGUUUCAGCAGCUCAUCAAUCACAAAACAACAUAAUGCUUGCUACUAGCGCUCCAUCGGCGCUAAUCAACCAUAUGGAGAAUCCGACGGAAGCCAAAGUCAAGGACGAUCCGAACGCUGACUACGAUUUGCAACUUUCGAUUCAGCAGCAUAUGGCUGCUGCUGCUCAUGCUGCUCAGGCCGCGCAAGCGGCUCAAAUGGCUCCACAAAUGGGCCAAACACAAAUUGGCCCACAAAUCGUUGGACAACCUGGACAACCGGUGGUAGCCGCGGUCACCACUGCCGCCGGCACCACGAACGGCACAUCGGCAGUCACACAGCCCGAUCCCAGCACUAGCUCUGGACCAGAUGGACCGAAAAGAUUGCACGUCUCGAAUAUCCCAUUCAGAUUCAGGGAUCCGGAUCUUAAGACAAUGUUCGAGAAGUUCGGAGCGGUUUCUGAUGUAGAAAUUAUUUUCAAUGAGCGUGGCUCAAAGGGAUUUGGGUUUGUCACUAUGGAAAGACCUCAAGACGCGGAAAGAGCACGUCAGGAACUUCAUGGAUCGAUGAUUGAGGGUAGAAAGAUUGAAGUUAAUUGUGCCACUGCUAGAGUUCAUUCUAAGAAAGUGAAGCCAACUGGAGGAAUCCUAGACCAAAUGAACCCACUUAUGGCCCAAUCUGCUCUAGCUGCUCAGGCCCAAAUGAACAGAGCUUUGCUAUUAAGAUCCCCUCUCGUUGCUCAGUCCCUACUUGGAAGAGGAGCAGGAUUGAUCCCUGGAAUUCAACAACCAGCUGCCGCAUUCCAACUUCAAGCUGCUCUAGCAGCAAAUCCAUUGGCUCAGCUACAAGGUCAACCGCUUCUUUUCAAUGCCGCCGCUCUCCAAUCCAAUGCACUACAACAGUCAGCCUUUGGAAUGGAUCAAGCCGCCGUUCAAGCUGCUCUCUUAGCCAAUGAGCAAGCUCGGUUACUGGCUGCUGCCGCCGCUGCUCAAGGUAACGAGUACCUAAUGUACCAUCAAGCCAAACAACAAGAAUUGUCAGGACGGAUUCCAUCGUCUGGAAAUGGGACCGCGUUUGGAGAGCAAUAUCUGGGAAAUGCGCUGUCCGCUGGCUCACUUCCUUCAUAUCAGAUCAAUCCGUCGCUGAGAACUUUGAAUCGUUUCACACCAUAUUGA